AUGGCUCACUCGCGCUUUGCGCUGCGACGCUUCUGCUUGCCAAAGACACCAGGACUUCGAACAUAUGUCAAUCCUGCACGGAUACUCUUCCUGAAAGAAAUCUACGCUGAGGCCCGCAAACUUGACCCGCGUAGCGAAGAGUACAAGGUUCUUGAGCGAAGCGGCGACUGCUGGUACAACUACUUCCAACCUGACAACUCAGAACGCUAUGGAUAUCAUGAACUCCAAAAGGAAUAUUCAGAUGUUCUCGCAGAAAUCGACUCAUUGCGCUCAUCCAUCAAGACACCUGUCUCAACCAUCGCGAAAACUCUUGUUCCCGAGUACGCCCAUCAGUCUGUCAAGAUAGAGUCAAACUCUCUCUCGCUCAGCGAAUCUGUAAUCAUCAGCGAUGCGCUUGAAAGUACAGUCUUCAAGAGCCAUGACUUCGCAUCUCUCAACAUUGACGAUCUCAACCAUGUCGACUUCCCACGGCCUCACGAUCUACUUCCUAGCAGACUUUCCACCAAGCUACUUCCAUCUGCGAUCUCCGAAAGGGUUAUGACUGAGGUUGCUGAGUUGCGUAAUCACAUCAUUGUAUCGCACUGGAUCGCCGAGAUGGCCCCAAGGUUUCCAGGCACAGCAGGUCUGGACGAAGACGACCUCCACGGGCUAAAUGCCCUUAUGUUAAAAGACACACCAUCCGAAAAAUUUUGGACUGCGCCUACCUGGGGGAAAAAAUCACCUAUUGGCUCUUACCGCAAUCUUCCAAUCUCAGUGGUGUCCAGCCCGAUGCAAGUGUUUCCAUACCCCCAAGAAGUGCCAAACUUGAUGAAGAAGUUCAUCACUUGGAGAAACGAUGCCCAUGCACAAAAGGAACUCCACCCCCUCAUCCUCGCAUGCCAGGCAACCAUCUACUUCUUCUCCAUUCACCCUUUUCAAGAUGGCAAUGGAAGAGGCUGGUCUCGCGAAGACUAUCUGCGCAGCGUCUCGGAUGCGCAAAAUGGCAGACCGAGAGCUUUCGUCAAUUUGAUGCUUUCUACGCAGUUAGACAUGAUGAGGACUUUCAAAUGGCGAGAGUUCGUCUAA